ACUCCCAGCUGAGAAGCAAGGCCAAACAGGCGGGUGUUGCCCGCUGGGCUCGAGAGCGGAAGAACGCGGCUGGCGCCCCGGAUGUCCCGCCCCCUUGGGUGCUGAGGCCGCGGCUGGCGACGGUGAGGGGCGCUUGAAUCCGCGGUAGGCCGCAGGAGAUGGCGGAGGAGCCGGGCAAGGAGGCCCCUCCGGCGGGAGGAGAGGAGCCGGAGGAGGCGACAGAGGAAGCGGAGGCGGCGGGCGGCCCUUCGCCUCCCUCGCGGCGCCUGGCGGUGCCGUCGUCGUGGCUGUCGCCUUCGGGAGGCCUUCCCGCGGAGCUGGGCGCGCGCUUCCCGGGCCUGGAGGAGCUGGACGUGAGCGGGACGGGGCUGUCGGCGUUGGGGCCGGAGCUGCUGGGCCUGUGCCGCCUCCGCACGCUGCUGGCCAAGAACAACCGGCUGGGCGGGCCGGGCUCGCUGCCCAAGGGCCUGGCCUCCUCUCCGCUGGGCCGCUCUCUCCGCGCCCUCAACCUCAGCGGCAACCGCUUCGCCCAGCUGCCGCCCUCUGUGCUGGGCCUCCGCCGCCUUCGUAGCCUCAGCCUGGGCAGCAACCGCCUCCAGGCCAUCCCGCCCGCCAUCCAGGAGCUCGGCAGUUUAGAAUUCUUGUAUCUUGGAGGAAAUUUCAUUACUUCAGUUCCACCCGAGUUAGCAAACUUGCCUUCACUAAGUUACCUUGUCUUGUGUGAUAACAAAAUACAGAGUAUUCCCCCUCAGUUAGCACAGUUGCAUUCCUUGCGUUCCCUUAGCCUUCACAAUAACCUGCUGACGUACCUCCCUCGGGAGAUUCUCAAUCUUGUGCAUCUUGAAGAACUGAGUUUGCGGGGGAAUCCAUUGGUAGUGCGAUUUGUCCGUGACUUGACAUACAAUCCUCCAAGUCUCCAGGAGCUGGCUGGACGCACAAUCAAAACCCGCAAUGUUCCCUAUAUUCCUAGUGAUCUUCCUGGGAACCUCCUCCGGUACUUGAACUUGGCCAGCAACUGCCCUAACCCCAAAUGUGGAGGAGUCUAUUUUGACAGCUGUGUCCGGCAAAUCAAAUUUGUUGACUUCUGUGGGAAGUACCGUGUUCCACUGAUGCACUACCUUUGUUCCCCGGAGUGUUCUUCCCCUUGCAGUUCUGCAUCUCAGAGUUCGAAUUCCCAGAGUGAGUCAGACUCAGAAGAUGAAGCUAUUGUUGCUGCGCGCAGGAUGCAAAAGGUUCUUCUGGGCUAAGAAGAGGAAGGAAAAAGACUUGCAGCAAGCCACUUUCAAAAAGGAGUUGUGGAAGCACAUGGGGUGUCAAAUACUCUGUGCAGGGGCAUCCCCCAAAUCGUAGCUUGCUCAUGGAAAGUGUAUCUGGACAAACCUGGACUUCCUUGGAACUGUGCUUUCGGGAAGGUUACAGGCGCUUCAUGCCUUGAGGGAGGGAGCUGGCAAAGGAGCUGUGAAGAUAUAUGCUCAUUCCAGGGCUUCUUGGAAUCGGUUGCCUGCUAAAAGGGCACAUGGAAUCCUACACUACUGAAACUGCAUAUGAAGUGAACUGUUCUUAGUCACUGUGACUAAAAAUUACAUAAUGGAGGGGAGUGCAAGGUGGGAUCUCCCCAGUAUUAUUAUCUGCAACUGUCAUACUUGAACAUUGUUCCCUUUCUUCACUUCAGAUGCUUGGUUCAUGUGUAUUUAUUUUAACAACAUUCAUCAAAAGUAGAAAAAUUCCUUAGAUCUUGAUAUGUUCUUCCUUCUUUGCUUACAGUGCCUAUCACCAACGUUCUGUUAUAAAAACAGAAUGCAGCCUUUCUUUAUACCAGUGGUUCUCAACCUGUGGGUCCCCAGGUGUUUUGGCCGAUGACUCCCAGAAAUCCCAGCCAGUUUACCAGCUGUUAAGAUUUCUGGGAGUUGAAGGCCAAAACAUCUGGAGACCCACAGAUUGGGAACCACUGCUUUAUAAUGUAUUGCUUUGAAAUGCACCAUUAUUGCCUUCUGUGACCUUUGUUCCUUUAUGACACUUUAUACUGCAACACUUAGUAUAAUAUGGCUUUGUAUUAUAUAACUGAGAGAUCAGAGUUGAAAAACUUAUCCACGUCUCUGGUAUCUUUCCCAAAACCUGCACUACAAAGAUAUUUACAGUAAUACUAAUCUUCUCUUUUUCCAGAUACUUAUUUUCCUUCUGUAGGUAUCUUGCCUAAAACAUUGAUUUAUUAGAGGUACUGUCAUGUACGACAGGGAGGCACCUUCUAAAAGAGAUAAAAACAACACCUUAUUAUAAAUUCACAGAGAGAUGCAAGUUUUUGGCUCUCACUACAGGUAUUUGGCUCUUACUACAGUGAGAGUUGUCCAUCCAUAUUCCACUACAGCAUUUGCUGUUGUAAUGAAUGCAGAGAGUGUGUCUCUUUUAAAUUAACAACUCUGCUUUCCCCACACACUUUAUGUCAACUUGUCUUUUUAAGGGGAUCCACAAUUAUCUUCCCCAAUUAUCUCACUCCAGUUGGAUUGAAUUUUUCCAAAAUUUAACCCAACAUUGUGGGUUGAAUGGUUGGAAAGAGUGAUAUUUUUGUAAUGAAAGCGUUUUUUAAAAGGUACAUUAUUUUGAUCCCCCACAAAGGUGCAUGCCAGAAUGGGGGAGAAUUAUGAAAAGACUCUUGCAUAAAGCAGUUGAUGAAAACUGAAUUUCUUUGUUCUCUUAACAUGGUUUUGUUUUGAAUAAUCUUGAGAAUCAGUUAAGGCUAUAGUGUUGUAAUCUUGAUCUAUAGGCACUUGUAUUAAUAUUUCUGCAUUUUGUAAAGGCUUUCUCUGUUGAAUUACUAUUGGAGCAAGAUGGGUCUGUAAAGUUAGCAGAAUGGUAAUUUUUCUUUUUUACUAACCUUGCCUAGCAAUCUCAUCUGUCUUUAGGUUAAGUGUUGGGGGCCAGAUCUUUUGCACUCCAACUCUAUACUGACUUAAUCACCAUUGUUACUUCUUAAAGAAAGCAUGCAUUGUCAACCAAUAAAAUCUGGAGGUUUGCUUGUGUUAUAAAAAUGCAAAAAUUAUGUUGCAUACAGCAGCAUUGCUGAUUUUUUACAGCCCUCAUUUUUCCUUCAUAUAACAUGCCUUUGCUUUUAAUAUAGUAGUGCCUCACUGGAGCCAGAAGGGAUGUUCAUCAGCAGAUUUUGUAACUUCAGCUCUUAAUUGAUGUCUGCUAAUUUGCUAAUGCUAGAAUCAGAUUUUGGCAACAUCCAGGCUUUACAUUUUAAAAAGGCCAGCACAAUCAUGACAUUAUUUAAUUAAUGCUAUCAGCCGCAAUCACGUCCAUUUCUCAUUUGCUGCUUGAUUUUCUGGCCUAUUUGACAAAAGGUAACCAUUGGUUUUAGACCUGUUACAGCAAAAGCUGGGACCGGGAUGGGCCUCCUGGCAUCCUUAUUGGCUAUAUGUUUUCUUUUGUAUUAGUUUUCUUGAACUGCAGCCUGUUUUGUUAGAUUCCUAGGAUUAUUGACAAUUGGAUGACAGUUGAUAAUACGUGCUUUCAUUUCUAAGUACAUAAUUAAGAUUAUUCUGAUCUAGCAUUCAAAAGUGUUUUCUGUAAAUAUUCACCAAUUAACAGACAUUUUAGUCUUCAUUAAAGCAAUUCUCAAGUGCUUUGAAUUUUAAAUACUAUUGAUGCCUUAUCUCUGUAUCAAGACCUGUGCAGAAAGUGCUAAAUUUGAAUGAGAAUAAAUUAAUCUGUCCUGUCAUUUCUCCUUUUCCCUGCCAUCUCUUCAGCCAAAAAGAUCAGAUGCGAUGUUUGUAAAUGCAAGUUUAGUGCUGUGCCUUGCUAGGUGCUCAUGCAGCCUUUCUUACCCAUCUUUGACUGGCCUCCCUGGUGUUUUUUGAAAGCUUGUUUGGGUUAUUUGGCAAGAGAGAAACCUUGAUCCCCUUUAAUUUGUAUUCUAGUUUGUAGCAAUGAAUGAGGAGGAUUUAAUUCAUGAGAAGUAAUGAAAUUUAAUCCUUAAGAGUGCUGCUUUGUUACUUAUUUCAAUGAGUCAUUGUAAUGCUUCUUAAAUGCACCAGGGAGAUGCAGGUUUCCUUGCUUAAAUGCUCUUAAGAAACUUCACAGAGAUGUCUCUGGAGUGUAAAAUUGAAUAAAAACAACUCUCAUCCCUAACAUUCUCAAUUAGUUACAUUGCUUGCUUGUCUCACACACUUGAUUGCACAGUGAAUGUUCAUAAGGAUGUUUGACCAAAUUGCAUUGUUUGUAAUCAUGUGCCUCAUAUUUAGUUUGCCAAGUUUCAAAGUGCCUUGUGGAACUUUUUAUGUUGGCUAUUCCUAAAAUAAGGAGAGUGGAUUUUUUUAACACUAAAAGCAAAACUAAGCAAAA